AUCAGGUUACCAGACGAUGAAGAGCAGCUCGUCAGAUGAGAGCAAACUGUCCCGUGACCCUCAGAGACCAAUUAGCUCGUCGGAGACAACAGGUGAUAGUGAGCAGAGGUGCUGAGAAUGAUGGACCAUCUCAGCGAGGCGUGUCUGGGCAAGGAGAACUCCGAGCUGGUCAACAGCAUGGCCGAGGCCAAGGCCCCCCCGGCCAAGCUGCUCCGGCUGGAGCAGAACGGCAGCCCCCUGGGCCGGGCCCGGCUGGGCAGCACCGGGGCCAAGCUCGCCGGGGUCCCGUACAAGCCCACCGGCCACCUGCUGAAGACCUGCCACAAGAGAGGCAACAUGCUGCCCGUGUUCUGCGUGGUGGAGCACUACGAGAACCCCAUGGACUUCGACAGCAAGGAGGAGCACGCCGAGUUCGUGCUGGUGCGUAAGGACAUGCUCUUCAACCAGCUGAUCGAGAUGGCCCUGCUGUCGCUGGGCUACUCCCACAGCUCGGCGGCUCAGGCCAAAGGCAUGAUUCAGGUGGGGAAGUGGAACCCUGUCCCCCUGUCAUACGUGACAGACGCCCCGGACGCCACAGUGGCCGACAUGCUGCAGGACGUCUACCACGUGGUCACGCUCAAGAUCCAGCUCCACAGUUGUCCUAAGCUGGAGGACCUGCCACCUGAGCAAUGGAGCCACUCUACAGUAAGAAACGCCCUCAAGGAGUUACUCAAAGACAUGAAUCAGAGCUCUCUGGCUAAAGAAUGUCCCUUAUCACAGAGUAUGAUUUCCUCCAUUGUGAACAGCACUUACUAUGCAAAUGUGUCGGCGGCGAAGUGUCAGGAAUUUGGGCGCUGGUAUAAACAUUUCAAGAAGACAAAAGAUAUGAUGGGCAUGCGCCAACCCUCCCAGCUUGAGGGCUACCUGGGUACGUGUGUCCUCCGUGAGAGCCCGCGUGCCAAUGCAUUAGCUGAGAUGGACGGCCUGGCUGACCUGUCCCCCCCCAGCUCCAACCACAACCACAACCACCUGAGCUUCUCCCAGCAGCAGCAGCCCAUCCCCGGCAGCACCGCGGACCAGACGCCGUCCUCUCCGGUGCCGCCGCUGCCUCACGCUCCGCCCUCUCACGGCGGCGGCGGCCAGGCAGGAGGCCGGCAGCCCCAGAUCCCCGGCAUGCACCACCCGGGCCUGGUGUCCACGCCCAUCAGCCCCCAGCUGGUCAACCAGCAGCUGGUGAUGGCGCAGAUCCUCAACCAGCAGUACGCGGUGAACCGGCUGCUGGCCCAGCAGUCCCUGUCCCAGCAGUACCUCAACCACCCCCCCGUCAACCGCAGCUCCCACAACAAGCCGCUGGAGCCGCAGCUGGGCUCCAACACCGAGGUCUCCAUGGAGAUCUACCAGUGGGUGAGGGACGAGCUGAAGCGAGCCGGCAUCUCUCAGGCCGUCUUCGCCCGCGUGGCGUUCAACAGGACCCAGGGCUUGCUCUCUGAGAUCCUGCGGAAGGAGGAGGACCCGAAGACGGCGUCGCAGUCGCUGCUGGUCAACCUGCGCGCCAUGCAGAACUUCCUGCAGCUGCAGGAGAUCGAGCGCGACCGCAUCUACCAGGACGAGCGCGAGCGCAGCCUGACCGCCGCCUCCGCCAUGGGCGCCGCUCCGCUCAUCAGCACGCCGCCCAGCCGCCCCGUGCAGCCCCGGAGGGAAGACUGUAACAGCGUGCGGCCCGAGGACUGGAAUCCCCGGAUCCCUGUGGGCAUUUCCCCUGUGAAGCCGUCUCCUCUGCCCAGCGAGUGGAACGGGAAGACGGAGAGCUGCAUCCUCAACAUCAACUCCACCAUCUACGACGAGAUCCAGCAGGAGAUGAAACGGGCCAAGGUCUCCCAGGCGCUGUUCGCCAAGGUGGCCGCCUCCAAGAGCCAGGGCUGGCUCUGUGAGCUGCUCCGCUGGAAGGAGGAUCCGUCCCCGGAGAACCGGACGCUCUGGGAGAACCUCUCCAUGAUCCGACGCUUCCUGAGCCUGUCGCAGGUGGAGCGCGACGCCAUCUACGAGCAGGAGAGCAGCGCCGGGCAGCAGCAGCAUCACAGCGAGCGGCCGGCGCACCUGAUGCACAUCUCCAGUGAGCAGCUGCAGGCAAAACCGGCUCAGUCGCUCCAGCCCCAGCAGCAGCACCAGGCCUCCCUCUCUCUCCAGCACCCCUGCCAGCCCCUGUUGUCCCAGCAGCCUUUGCAGCACCUGCAGCCCAACGCCGGCCCCCGGCUGCCGCCCCGCCAGCCCUCCACCGCCUCUCCGGCCGAGAUGGAGGACGAGUGCGGCCGCGGGGGGGGCAUCAAGUCCCGCACGGGCGGCGGGAAGAUCUCCCUGGAGGCGCUGGGCAUCCUGCAGAGCUUCAUCCAGGACGUGGGCCUGUACCCGGACGAGGAGGCCAUCCACACGCUGUCCGCCCAGCUGGACCUGCCCAAGCUCACCAUCAUCAAGUUCUUCCAGAGCCAGCGCUUCUACGUCAACCACCCGGCCAAGGCGGCGUCCAAGGAGCCCGGGAGCAACCACCACCACCACCACCACCACCACCACAGCAGCACGGCGGCCACCACCAACACCACCAGCAGCAGCAGCGGCAGCAGCAGCAGCAGCAGCCCCCCCGCCUUCGAGGAGGAGCUGACGGACUUCCGGGAGGGGGGGGCGGAGCUUCUGAAGGAGCUGGAGGAGGGCACGCAGACCAACAACACCAUCUUCUCCAUCAAGAUCGAGGAGCAGCUGGGCCGCGGCGCCGAGGCUCAGUGCGAGUCCGAGGCCAAGGAGUAG